AAACUCAGAACAAUAAUAAUUCAUCAAGUGCUUUCCACUUUUUGCAAUGCAGUGACCAGAACCUUUGGAAGAAUAAACUCAUCUUGAUCUAAACUGAAUAAGAGUUAAGCUCUUCAUCUUUGGCUCCCAUUAAUGGAAUUUUGCAAUACUUUCACCUACUUAUAAGCCAGUUUCUCGCUUAGAACUUGGCCUGAAAAGCCCACUCAAUUUCAUCUUUUUCUGGCGAUACAUAAGCAAGAUAGCUAAAUUACAGAUAUUCUUUGAAAAGUUUGGCAGAGAAAGCCCACAAAUCACCUUACUUCGGAUAGUAAAUUAGACACUGAAGCCAUGUCGGUGGCAGACGCGAUGAUUAGUACCCUCACGCAAAACGUUUUCACGGCUUUAGUGAACCAAGCCCAGUUCGCUCUCGACUUCAAAGGUCAGUUCGAGCAAAUGAAGACUCGGCUUGAUCUCAUGAAGGCUUUUCUCGCCGACACCGAAAAUCUCAAGCGCAAAACGAAGUUGCCAAAACAGCUCUAACUAAGCUCCGGGAAGUGCUCUACGAAGCGGACAACGUACUCACCGAUUGCCUAAUUAGAGACGAGUACCGCAAAAACGGGGCAUGCUUUGGCUUUUCACUUGAGGACCCCUUUUUCUUGCACCAAACGGGGAAGAAGUUGAAAGACAUAAAUUCCAAAAUGGAGCAGAUUGAGAAGACUUUGGGAAGUUUUCUCAAAGCUCCGGAAAGCAUUCACGGCGAAGAAACAAACCAGUUCAGGGGGUUUACUUCUCAGGAUUUUAAUCCAACGGAGAUAAUUGGGAUGGAAGAAGAUGUGAAAAGGAUCAAAGGUUGGAUAUUUGACACAAAUGAGGUGUUUCAGCAGGUAGCCAUUGUGGGGAUGGGUGGAUUGGGGAAAACAACGAUUGCCCAAAAAAUAUUUCACGAUAAUGAAGUGCUUGGUCGUUUUGAUAAGAUGAUUUGGGUCUCUGUUUCAAAAGCUUAUAGUAAGGAGAAUGUGGUGAGGUCCAUGUUGGAAAGGUUAGGAAGAAAUGUUUCUGGGAUUGGUAGCAACUCUCAUUUGUUGAGGGAAGUGCAACAGGUUCUUGCUGACAAGGCUUGUCUAAUAGUAAUGGAUGAUGUUUGGCAAAUUGAUGUGGAGUGGUGGACAAACUUGUGCUCCGUUUUUCCGAAAGGAGGUGGGAAAAGGAGUAGUAUUAUAAUAACUACUAGAAAUGAAGGGGUUGCUAAUGAUAUGGGGGUAGAGAGUUCAAGAAUUCACAAACCCAAUACUUUGAAUGAUGAACAUAGUUGGGCUUUGUUUUCUAAGUUUGCCUUUUCUUCGAGAAAGGGAGCCUGCUCAGAUCCCAUUUUUGAGAAACUGGGCAAGGACAUCACCAGGAAGUGUGGAGGAUUGCCUUUGGCCAUCAAGACCAUUGGGGCUUUGUUAGCAGCAAAGAUUGAUCAUCUUCAUGAAUGGAGAGAGAUUUCGAAGAGUUUUCAUUCUCAAUUGACAACUGGAGGGAAAAAUAGCUCGGUUAUGGCUUCUUUGCAGUUAAGUUAUGAUGAACUCCCAACUUGUUUGAAGCAAUGUCUAUUGUGCUUCUCCAUUUAUCCUGAAGACUUCGAGAUUAGAGCUGAGCAACUUAUACAUUGGUGGAUUGGGGAAGGCCUCAUUCAGGGCAAGAGUUCAAAGACAGCAGCUGAAAUUGGCUGUGAGUAUCUGUCUGAGCUUAUCAAAAGAUGCCUUGUUGAAGUCGUUCAGCAAAGAUGCUACGAUGGGAGAGUCUAUAACUGCAAAAUGCAUGAUAUGGUGCGGGAAUUGAUCAUAACAAACGCAGAAGAGGAAGCCUUUUGCCAUUUCGACUUGCAAGGCAUUCAAACACUAACGCCAUAUUCUCGAUGGUUAGGCUUCACUGAUCAAAUGAAUAAGAAUUGCUCGCUGAAACAUGUACCAAAGCUCAGGGCUAUGUUAGUACUCAAGUCAAGCUGUAGUAGUGUUGACUUCAAGAACUUUGGGGCACUUCGGUCCCUCAGGGUAUUGGAUUUCUCUAACACCCGACUUGAUGAUAUUAGUGUGGAUGAUCUUUUUGAUUGGAUCAGUUCUCUAAAACGCCUAGCUUCUCUGAAUCUUAGUGGAGUUCAAAGCAUGGAAAUGGUGCCAUCAUCAAUUCGAAAGCUUCGAAAUCUUCAAUUGUUAGUUUUAACUGGUUGCAAUAAGCUGAAGAAAUUAAGCCCAUCAAUUACUACUUUGAGGAAGUUGAUUGUAUUGGACAUAGGAUUUUGUCCUCUUGAGUUCCUACCUCAGGGAUUAGACAAGCUUUCUUAUCUUCAAGAACUUACUGGAUUCAAGGUUACCAAUCAGUCUAAUAAAAAGAACAGUCAACUUCACGAGCUCAAGUUACUAACCCAGCUAAGAGUUUUGAGGAUUAGCAUAAGUGAUGAAACCGAAAUCUUAGAAAAUGAAACAAACGUCCUAUGUGAACUCAAGGAGCUCAAGGUUUUAUCCAUUGAUGCUGAAAAUUGUAAGAGAAACAAGAAAGAAAUCUUAGAGAUGCUCGAUAAGCUAGCCCCUCCUCCAAGUUUGCAAGAGUUGUAUCUUAGGAACUAUCACAGAGAAACUCUUCCCAUCUGGGUCAAUCCAGUAAAGCUUUCUGAAUUGCAGUAUCUUUGCAUUGAGAAUGGUGAUCUCCAAAACUUGACUGUUGAGAUUGAAGAUAAGAAUUGUCAUUUGACUUGGAACAUUGAAGGCUUGUGUUUAAAGUUCUUAACUCGGUUGGAGAUAGAUUGGAAGGAGUUGCAGGAAGAUAUGCCUCUGUUACGCCACCUAGAGGUUAGUCAUUGUUACAAGUUGAAGGAUUUCCCAUGCUCUGUCAAGACUCCGGGAUUCUGGACAAAAAAGCAAGGCCCUGAAAUUUAUUCCGAGGAAUCCAGUGCCAAUCUUAAAGAUGAUAUUUGAUUGUUACGUGUGUGUGUGUUAAAAAUUCUACAUUGUGUUAUAUGGUUGGUUUUAGUAUCUAAGACAGAGAACUCAGAACAUUGUGAUUUGUGAGGUGAGAUAGUUGGUGUGUUUCAAAUUAAAUUGUUCAAGUGUGCUAUUUUUUAUUUUCCUUGGAAUGUGUUUCAACCAGCUUUAGUCCCUUUUCUGUAUCGGAGAUGUAUCUGUGUUUAAUUGAAAAAACAAUAAUAAAAGUAGAUACAGAUUUUGUAAUCUUUA